AAAGUUAAAAACACUUGUUAACCAACUUUUUAAGCUCUAUAACAACUCAAACAUCAUUUUAUACAAGUCCCUUUUAUGUAUAUUAUUGCUGGCAUAGGUUCCAUUUUAUAUUUUGACAUGUGAAUCUUAUAUUUCCUAUUUUUGGUAAGAUCAUUAGGAAGAUAAUUCAUCAAAUGUGAAAUCCCAACUAGUGGAAAAGUGAUAAAUUCAAUAAGCUAAAUAAAUUAGGUAAAAGAUAUUAUGUGAUAAUGUAUUAUUGUUUGUUUGCAUAUUUUUAUAUUUUUUUCUGAAAAUCAAAAUAUAUAAUUACAAGGUUAAAAAAAAAGAUAAUUUGUUUUUCUUGUGUGUGUUGUUGUUAGAAUUAUAAUUCUGUAAACAUGUUUGUUUAAUUCACUUUUUUUAAUUUUACUCACAGAGAUAUACUAGAAUCGUGCAGUGUCUUAACUAAAUUGCUUUUCGGCUCCUUAUAAAAGGGGUGUUGAAUAAACAUUGGCUAGUAAAUAUUUAAAAAUUUAAUAGCCAGGAAGCUGGCAACACAGGGUGGAAUUGACCACACAUGAAGUUACUAGCACUGGGGCUAGUUUUUUUGUCAUUUAAAAUGAGAUUGAAAAAUUGGGAUAAGAAUGUCCAGAGUAUAAUGAAGAAUUUUUUAGCAAAUGUGGGCGACUAUUAUGCACCAGAUAUUAUGCUUUAUUUCAAGAACUAACUUAGGGAAACUCAUUAUUUACUCUAUUAGUAUCAAAUUUUGCCUGCAUGAUUUAUUAGUUUUCGGUAGCACUCCUGUGCAUAUUUCGAAAAAAAAUUACUCUUGGUAAAGAUUUAUACUGCAAUGAACUAUAUAUCAUCACCAUUUAUGUUUAAACAUUAUUUAGAUAGAUAUUACUGAUGAAUUCGAUGCUCCGAAAUGGUAGAACAAUAAACCUGUUCAAUACUAUUUACUGCAAAAUGUCAACGAAAUUUCCUCCCGUAGUCACACCAAUGCUUCCUGCUGAAACUUUCAAAGGAAAAGUUGCACUUGUGACAGGGGGUGGAACUGGUUUGGGAAAAGGAAUGGCGACUAUUUUGUCACGGCUGGGAGCAAGCGUUGCAAUAGCUAGUAGGCGAUUACCUGUUCUUGAAAAAGCUGCUUUAGAAAUUUCAGAGUCAACUGGAAACAAAGUAUUGCCUGUUCAAUUAGAUGUUCGUAAUCCUGAUGGAGUCAAAGAAGCUGUUGAUGAAGUAGUUGCAAAAUUAGGUCUUCCAAAUAUCGUUAUUAAUAACGCUGCAGGAAACUUUGUAUCUCCAUUUGAACGCCUUUCUCCAAAUGCUUUCAAAACAAUUGUUGACAUUGUUUUAAAUGGAACUGCAAAUGUAACGUUAGAUGUUGGAAAACGGCUGAUUAAAGCAAAUCAAGGUGCAGCCUUUUUAUCGAUCACCACAUGGUAUGCUGACCUUGGUUCUGGCUACGUUGUACCUUCAGCAUGUGCCAAGUCUGGGGUUGAUGCCAUGACCAAAUCGUUAUCCUCAGAAUGGGCCAAAUAUGGUAUCAGACUAAAUACAAUCGCUCCUGGUCCUAUUCACACUGAGGGUGCAUUUUCUAGAUUAGAUCCUACUGGAAAGUGGACGGAGGAAGGUUUAAAAAAAAUACCUGUCGGAAGAUUUGGUGAAAUUGAAGAACUGGCCAAUCUUGCUGCUUACAUGGUUUCAGAUUACUCAAAUUUUAUGAAUGGAGAGGUUGUUUGUUUUGAUGGAGGGGAGAGGAGAGGUUACAGUGCUGUUUUUGGUCAGUUGUCACAGGUAACCGACGAUCAAUGGGAAAUGUUAGAAAAAAUGAUCCGCUCAACAAACAAGAAGUCGAAAUUAUAACAAGCUGGUAUUUCACAUAUUGCAAAGGAUUCAUAUCAUAGGACAUAACAUAAUUUGUAUUUUUCUAGUUCUAGUUCUUUUUACAUUAUUUGGAAUUAAAAAAUUUAUUUUAAAUAAAGUUUUCUUAUCUUGA